GGGCCCGCCCCUUCGCGCUCUGACUCGGCGGCGGCAGGAGCGGCGUUGGAUCUGCUGCUGCUUCUCCGGAGGCUGCAGAAGCGGGCCGUCCGGGUCGGAAAGUUCCCCCUCGGCGGCGCCCUGCGGCUGCCCGGGAAUCAACUCGCAAAGGAGAAGUGGGGGGACGCUGCGGUCUGGAUCCGACCCUUUGACUAUGGCGGGGGAGCUGGGAGCCUCCGAGGCCGGAGGGGGCUGAGUCGCGGAACCGCCUGCCGGCUGGGUGACGCCGAAGGAGAGGGGUGGUGGUGGUGGGGGAAUCCCUCUGCGUCCCGGCAUGGCGCGCUGGAUCCCUACUAAGCGGGAGAAAUACGGCGUCGCUAUCUACAAUUAUGAUGCUGUCCAAACUGUUGAACUCUCCUUGCAGGUUGGUGACACAGUUCACAUCUUGGAGAUGUACGAAGAUUGGUACAGAGGAUACACUCUUCGAAAUAAAUCCAAAAAGGGUAUCUUCCCAUCAACAUACAUCCAUCUGAAAGAGGCAACUGUGCAAGAUGGCGGACAACAUGAGACAGUUAUUCCUAGUGAACUGCCCCUAGUCCAGGAACUUACCUCCACGCUACGGGAGUGGGCCGUCAUCUGGCACAGGCUGUAUGUGGAAAACAAGAAGACCCUCUUUCGCCAUGUGCAACAGAUGACCUAUAGCCUCAUUGAAUGGCGGUCUCAGAUCCUUUCAGGUACCCUCCCCAAAGACGAGCUGGCUGAACUCAAGAAGAAGGUCACAGCCAAAAUAGACUAUGGCAACAGGAUCUUGGGUCUGGACUUGGUGGUACGAGAUGAUAAUGGCAACAUCCUGGACCCAGAUGCUACCAGCACGAUUGCGCUGUUUAAGGCCCAUGAGACAGCAUCCAAAAGAAUCGAUGAAAGGAUCCAAGAGGAGAAGUCUCUGCAGCAGAACAUAGACCUGCGAGGACAGUCCAUUUUCAACACAACGCACACAUACAGCCUUUAUGUCAAUUUCAAGAACUUUGUCUGCAACAUCGGUGAGGAUGCAGAGCUGCUUAUGAGCCUUUAUGAUCCCGACCAAUCCAAGUUUAUUAGUGAAAACUACCUGGUUCGCUGGGGAAGUAAUGGAAUGCCAAAGGAAAUUGAAAAACUUAAUAACCUUCAAGCCGUCUUUACGGACCUCAGCAGUUCUGACUUGAUCCGACCUCGAAUCAGCUUGGUGUGUCAGAUUGUGAGAGUUGGCCACAUGGAGCUUAAAGAGGGCAAGAAGCACACCUGUGGGCUCCGGAGGCCUUUUGGAGUGGCAGUGAUGGACGUUACAGACAUCAUCCAUGGGAAGGUAGAUGACGAAGAGAAACAACAUUUUAUUCCAUUUCAGCAGAUUGCCAUGGAAACAUACAUCAGACAACGGCAGUUAAUCAUGGCGCCUUUAAUAACCUCUCACGUGAUUGGAGAGAAUGAGCCCCUCACGUCUGUCUUCAACAAAGUCAUUGCUGCCAAGGAAGUGAAUCACAAAGGGCAAGGCCUCUGGGUUUCUCUGAAGCUACUGCCUGGUGAUUUAGCUCAGGUUCAGAAGGACUUUUCUCAUCUCAUUGACAGAUCUACGGCUGUGGCGCGAAAAAUGGGAUUCCCGGAAAUUAUUUUGCCUGGUGAAGUUCGGAAUGAUAUCUAUGUCACCCUGAUGCAUGGGGAGUUUGACAAAGGGAAGAAGAAGACUCCCAAGAAUGUAGAGGUCACCAUGUCUGUUCAUGAUGAAGAUGGCAAUCUCUUGGAGAAAGCUAUCCAUCCAGGUGCUGGUUAUGAAGGUAACUCUGAAUACAAGUCAGUUGUCUACUAUCAAGUCAAGCAGCCUUGCUGGUAUGAAACUGUAAAGGUCUCCAUAGAAAUAAAAGAGGUUAGCCGCUACCAUUUAAGAUUUACUUUUCGUCACCGAUCGUCACAGGAAUCACGAGAUAAAUCUGAAAAGGCUUUUGGAAUGGCUUUUGUGAAGCUGAUGAAUGCAGAUGGUACUACUCUGCAAGAUGGCAGACAUAACUUAAUAGUCUACAAGGGUGAGAACAAGAAAAUGGAAGAUGCUAAGUUUUACUUAACGCUUCCUGGCACCAAGGUGGAGAUGGAGGACAGAGAUGGUCUCCCAGCCAAGCAUAAUGUAACCAACUUUACCCCACCCAAAGACAGUACCAAGGACAGUUUUCAGAUUGCAACUCUCAUCUGUUCUACGAAGCUGACACAGAAUGUUGACCUGCUGGGAUUGCUGAAUUGGCGUUCCAACUCCCAAAACAUAGGUCACAACCUGAAGAAGCUAAUGGAAGUGGAAGGAGGAGAAAUCGUCAAGUUCUUGCAAGACACGCUUGAUGCACUUUUCAGCAUAAUGAUGGAGAUGUCUGACAAUGAAUCCUAUGACUUCCUUGUGUUUGAUGCUCUGGUAUUUAUUAUUUCCCUGAUUGGAGACAUCAAAUUUCAGCAUUUUAACCCUGUGCUUGAAGCUUACAUUUACAAACACUUCAGCGCCACCUUGGCCUUUGUAAAACUUACCAAAGUUCUGAACUAUUACGUUGGAAAUGCGGAUGACUCGAGCAAGACGGAAUUGCUCUUUGCUGCUCUGAAAGCCUUGAAGUACCUGUUCCGGUUCAUAGUUCAGUCGAGAGUACUGUACCUAGGAUUUUACGGGAAAAGCGAAGAUGGAGACGAGUUUAACAAUGCGAUUCGCAAGUUGUUCCUCUCUUUUAACAUCCUCAUGGACCGGCCUCUUGAGGAGGCUGUCAAGAUCAAGGGUGCUGCCUUAAAAUAUUUACCAAGCAUCAUCAACGAUGUCAAACAGGUCUUUGAUCCGGUUGAGCUCAGCAUCCUCUUUAGCAAGUUUAUCCAAAGCAUCCCUGACAAUCAGCUCGUCAAACAGAAGCUCAACUGCAUGACGAAGGUUGUGGACAGUGAACUAUUCCGUCAAGCUGAAUGCCGAGAUGUUCUCCUGCCAUUACUUGUAGACCAGUUAAGUGGUCAGCUGGAUGAUAAUUCCAACAAACCUGAUCAUGAAGCCUGUUCACAGCUCCUUAGUAAUAUCCUGGAGGUUUUGGAUCGGAAAGAGGUGGGCCCUACUUCAGCUCACAUCCAGUUGAUCAUGGAGCGCCUGCUGAGGAGAAUAAACCGGACAGUGAUUGGAAUGAGCAGACAGUCUCCUCACAUUGGUAGCUUUGUAGCCUGCAUGACGUCCACCUUGAGACAAAUGGAUGAUUCCCAUUAUAACCACUAUAUCAGCACCUUCAAGACCAGACAAGAUCUUAUUGAUUUCUUGAUGGAAACCUUCAUCAUGUUUAAAGAUCUGAUUGGAAAGAAUGUUUAUGCAAACGACUGGAUGGUCAUGACCAUGACCCAGAGCAGGAUUUUCCUCCGAGCCAUAAACCAAUACACCUCUGUGCUCAACCGCUUCUUUUUGGACCAGGCAAGCUUUGAACUGCAGCUGUGGAAUAAUUACUUUCACUUGGCAGUAGCCUUCCUCACUCAUGAAUCCCUCCAGUUGGAGAGCUUCUCCCAGGCUAAACGGAACAAGAUAGUCAAGAAAUAUGGCGACAUGAGGAAGGACAUUGGCUUCAAAAUAAGGGACAUGUGGUACAAUCUAGGGCCUCACAAGAUCAAGUUCAUCCCCUCUAUGGUAGGCUCGAUCCUGGAGGUGACUUUGACGCCUGAGCCUGAAUUGCGAAAGGCGACCAUCCCAAUCUUUUUUGACAUGAUGCAGUGCGAAUUCAACUUCAGCGGGAGCAGGAACUUCCAUAUGUUUGAAAAUGAACUGAUAACUAAACUGGAUCAGGAAGUUGAAGGGGGUUGCGGGGAUGAACAGUACAAGAUUUUGCUGGAGAAACUCCUUCUAGAACACUGUCGGAAGCACAAAUACCUCUCGAGCUCAGGCGAAGUGUUCGCUCUGUUGGUUAGCAGCCUGUUAGAAAACCUCUUGGACUACCGGGCCAUCAUGCAUGACGGGAGCAAAGAAAACCGCAUGAGCUGUACUGUCAACGUGCUGAAUUUUUAUAAAGAAAAGAAGAGAGAGGAUAUAUACAUCAGAUACUUGUAUAAACUCCGGGACCUACACACAGGCUCUGAAAACUACACUGAGGCAGCAUACACACUUCUCCUUCAUGCAGAGUUACUCCAGUGGUCCGAUAAGCCGUGUGCACCUCAUCUGCUUCAGAGAGACAGCUACUAUGUCUAUUCACAACAAGAACUGAAGGAGAAACUUUACCAAGAAAUCAUUGCUUUCUUUGACAAAGGCAAGAUGUGGGAGAAAGCCAUUCAGCUAAGCAAGGAACUAGCAGACAUGUAUGAGAACAAAGUUUUCGAUUACGAGGGACUUGGCAAUCUCUUGAAAAAACGGGCCACAUUCUACGAGAACAUCAUGAAGGCGAUGAGACCUCAACCAGAGUAUUUUGCCGUUGGGUAUUUUGGCCACGGGUUCCCCUCCUUUCUCCGGAACAAGAUCUUCAUCUACCGUGGGAAGGAGUAUGAAAGGAGGGAAGAUUUCAACCUGAAACUUCUGACCCAGUUUCCAAAUGCCGAGAAGCUGAGUAGCACUGCUCCGCCAACGGAAGAGAUCAAAACCUCUCUUAAGCAGUAUGUUCAGUGCUUCACAGUUAAACCUGUCAUGAACCUCCCGCCAAACUACAAGGACAAGCCUGUUCCGGAGCAGAUUCUAAACUUCUAUAGAUCCAAUGAAGUGCAACAAUUCCGAUACUCCCGGCCAUUCAGAAAAGGCGAAAAAGACCCUGAGAAUGAAUUUGCAACGAUGUGGAUCGAGAGAACUACCUACACGACUGCCUAUUCAUUCCCAGGAAUCCUCAAGUGGUUUGAAGUCAAACAAGUGGCAGUGGAGGAAAUCAGCCCCUUGGAAAAUGCCAUUGAAACGAUGGAGCUGACCAAUGAGAAAAUCAGCAACUGCGUUCAGCAACACGCCUGGGACCGCACCCUGCCUGUUCAUCCUCUCUCUAUGCUCUUGAACGGCAUUGUAGAUCCAGCCGUCAUGGGUGGAUACACCAAUUAUGAGAAGGCCUUUUUCACAGAGAAAUAUAUCCAAGAACACCCUGAAGAUCAAGAUAAGAUUGAACUGCUCAAGCAACUGAUUGCUCUACAGAUGCCUUUGCUGGCUGAAGGGAUUCGGAUUCAUGGGAAGAAGCUGACUGAACAGCUGAAGCCUCUUCAUGACAGACUAACCUCCUGCUUCAAGGAGCUGAGGGAGAAAGUGGAGAAGCUCUACGGGGUGAUAACUCUGCCUUCCUCGCUGACGGAGAGAAAGCAGAGCAGGUCCGGGUCUGUGGUUUUGCCCUACAUCAUGUCCUCCACCUUGAGGAGGCUCUCAGUUACCUCUGUGACUUCCUCUGUGGGAUCAACAUCCUCUACCUCAUCGGACAGUACUUCCUCCAGACCAGGGUCAGAUGGAUCUAUUCUUGAACCACUGGUAGAAAGGAGGAAUUUGUCAUCCUCCAAGACGGAAGAGCUCCCUGCCAAGGAUGACGGCGAGAACCGGACUAAUAAAUUCAGGCGGAAGGACUGGAGCCUCAGCAAAUCUCAGGUCAUUGUGGAGAAGGAGCCAGAGGCUGAAGGGACCUCCAACAUGAAUGCAUCAGGAAAAGCACCAAGACCAAAGAGUCUCCAGCUGGGGGAGAGCAGACUGUCGCUGUGUCAGAGCUUGUCACUCCAGCAAGCUACACCUCUCAGCCCACCACCAAUUACUCCCAAAACGCCAAGAACCCAAAGUUUUCCUUCUUUGCAGACAGAUGGAUUAACGACUGUUAACUUGCAGAGCACCCCACCCCCACCUCCACCCAAAUGCAAACCCUAUGAGAACAGCAACUCAAGGAACACCGCAGAGGUCGCUCCUCCUUUGCCCAACCGGCGGGAAAGCAGGCCUCCCCCUCCUCCCCCAAAAGCAAGGAAACCCAGUGUCCUUUCUUCCGACCCAGGACUGCACUGAAAACUCCAGGCCAGCCACCUCACCCUGAAUGUUAUGUCUGCUGCCUUGUUCUGUGUAUAUGGGGGGGGGGGGGUCUGUGUGUAUGUUUUUUUGUUUUCUCCUGCUGGACAGACAAACGGCUGCACCUCCCGUUGCCUUUCAUUUGGCCAUGCCAAUGUGCUGAUGCUUCUCUGUUUGAUUCUCAAGCUUCUGAUUUUCGUGCUUGUACAUCAAGGCACCAAGCAUUAUCAUUCUGGCCUUCGACCCACACCUGAGGUUUGAGAGGUUCAGCUGGCUCAAGUGAUACUAAGAGUCUCUUUAUUCUAACCCUCAGGACUUCUGCCACGAGUAAAGCAGCAGCAGGGCUAGAGUUUUUUUCUUCUGCGGAGUUCUGCGCUCUGUUGAUGAUUGAGAUUUACCUUGAUUUUGAAACAGAACACAAGAAGAGCCCGGCUGGAUCAGGCCACAGGCCCAUCUAGUCCAGCAUUCUCUUUUCACAGUGGCCAACCAGAUGCCCGUGAGGAGUCCACAAGGAGGACUUGAAUGCAACAGCCGUCUCCACAGUUACGAUUCUGAGCAACUGUCAUUAAGAGGCAUCCUACCUCCCUACAGUGAAGGUAGAACAUAGCCAUUGUGGCUAGUAGCCACUAAAAGCCUUCCAUGAAUUUGUCUAAGCCUCUUUUAAAGCCAGUGGUAAGCACUAUGCCAUGAAAGGAGUCCUUUGGUUCCCCUGAAUGCUGCAAUGGAUUUUCAUGAAGGGUUCACACCUACCCAGCUACACCCGGGCAAAGAAAAUGCGAGUGCAACCUGCAGUCUUCCAUGCAAGCUCCCCAACAAGUUCAAGCAACCCUUCCUGGAUGCCUUUGCUUUGUCAGGUACAUGAAUACUUAUCAGAAUAUUCCUUUCAAUGAAGAGAGGGGCACCACCCCAUGGAUGAACCUAUUCUGUUCAACUGUGUACAGUUGCGGUACAUCUCUGAAGUUCUCAGUAUUUCUUCUCUCAAGACUUUGCGAAUGUUGUCAUUUAUACUGUCGAUUCUUCAUUUUGUCUUAAACUUAUCCAGUCUUUGCACCCAAACAGGAUUAAGUACACUACUACAACUUCUUUUUUACUGAAAUGGUUGAUACACAUUUUUUUUGGUUCUUCUGUAGAUUAGUCUGUUGCCUUAAGACUGACCUAAGUUGUAAUUAUACUUGUGAAUUCAGAGGACAGACCACGGAUGAUGGUGCUCUUGGUCUUCCAAAGCAAGAUUCAAAAACCAAGACACUGUCAGCCACUGAACUCUUUACUAAGCAGCAAAUGUAUGUACAGUCAGAUGUAUGUAUAGCCAGAUGUCAUCCUCUAGGCCUUUAAUAUAUUUACACUUGUGGAUUUGUUUGUAAAAUUAUGCCUCUGUGUUUACUUGUUUUGUACCAGAAGUUCAGCAUGUAGCCCUCAGAGGAUUCAGACAUAUUCCAGAACUAAUCCCGAUUGGUAGAUUACUUUAGUCAUAUUCAGGCGUUCAGUUCCCCCUCACAACCAGGCCCCAUCUACACUAGGGAUGUGCUAGAAUUCCACCCAAUUCAGCUUUAGUACCAAAUUUUCCAUUAAUUCAUUUAGUCGCUAUUAUUGUGGAUUGGAUUUUUAUGUCGUGAAUUUCUGCAGCUAUUUUCAGAAACGGAUGUUUUAUUUCAAAAAAUCCAUGUCUAACAUAUUGAUAUUAGUAGCAAUAUUCCUAUCAAUAUUUCCUUCAAUUUAUUUCCUUUAAUUUAUCUAUAUUUCCUGUCAAAAGGGGGGAAAAACAGAACAGUAAAAGCAGCAGCUAGCGGACAAAGAAUGAAUUCAAAUUUAUACCAGUCUGUUAGCUCGAUGACAUGCUUUUGAACCAGCACAGACCAAUGGAUCGCAUCCACAGUCAACACUAUACAUUUAAAGAAUUAUUAUAUCACUUUAAACAGUCGUGGCUUCCCCCAAAUCAUCCUGGGAGCUGUACUUUGUUCAGGGUGCUGAGAGUUGUUAGGAGACCCCUUUCCCCCUUACAAUGCAACAGUUCCCAAAGUGGUUUAACACUCAAUCCUUCUUCCCAGGGAAUUCUAGGAAUUAUAACUCUGAGAGAAAUAAUAACUUUUAGCACCUUUAAAUAAGCUACACUUCCCAGGAUGCUUUGGGGGAAGCCAUGUCUGUUUAAAGUGGUGUGAGAGUGCUUUACAAGUGCAGUGCCAAUGGGGUCGUAGAGUCAUGCAAGGGUGAGUAGGUAUGCACCGACUAACCCCAUUCCCUCUUUUGCAUACUGUGCUUAGCCCUACCAACCUCACAUGUUGGAAAGUGACAUUUCUUGGGAAGCAGGAUUCUGAAACACACAGGAAGUCCCCGUAGGCACAGCAGGCUUUCUGCUGCAGGUAUCCAUCUUCCAGCACAGGAAGGCAGCAGGGGUGAGCAUAGGGACAUGAUGGAGGGGGAAGGGUUAAUCAUCACAUCCCUUGUUUUUCCUCCCUUGUGCGAUUCUAAUUGUGUGAAGGAACUGAAUGCCUAAAUAUAGCUUCAAUCUUUGUCAACUUCAGCUUGGGUUAGACUGUACACACUCCUGUUUACUCUGCAUCCAGAGCUGGUUUAGGAAGUGGUGUCACAUGCCAUUAGCUACAAUCCGUAUCUAUCCUGUUGUUUCUUGUGAAAUACUGCAUAUUGAUGUGUGGUCCCCCCAAAGCAACUUCAAUCCAAACUGAGAAAAAGAACGACGUAGCUGAAUUUUAAGCCGGUAAUGCGUACACAGCCUUACAGUGUUGCCCUGUAGUCAUAGGUGUAGACUUUUCCAGCAGUGUGCAUUUGGGCAGCCUUAAUCUUGAUCUCCUUAUCAUUUGAUUGCACUGAUUGCUUUGUAGUUCCCACUUUCAGGAAUGUAUCAGAAGGCUUUCUCAAAUAGUCAACCUCAAGAUUGCACAUUGCCCUCCAAAACAGAGAUUGCAUAGAAUCAUUCAAGGGGAGAAUAAGAAUUUAGAAUGUCCAUGAUAAGAAGAUUGUAGAUGUAUGCCCUGAUUAAUCGGGGGACACGUUAAUGUAAUUAACUGAUUAGAGCCAUCAGAUGGCACUCCAAACACUAAAAGCAUGAUGAUUGGAGUUUUGGAUCCAAAUAAAGUAAUUGGCUUGAGUAGAGAGAUGAUGCUUUUUAAGGGAAAGAGGAGUGUGUUUACAGCAUUGGUUGUCAUUCCUAAACUUUGCUCUGUGAGUUUCAAGAAACUAACAACAGUAAUUUAGGGUGCUCUGCUUCUAAAGACAAAUGGUAUAUUGUGCUCAGUAUCCCCUUUUCCCCACCAAACACAGACAACAAAAACACCCUAUUUUGCAUGUGUUUUAAUCUUGGCACCUCAAGACCCUGGGCAAAGUGGCUAGCUACACAGCUGUGGUUGAGGCUUUCAGGCUAUACAGAACAUUUUUCCACUUUAAAAAAUGCAGGCUUCACUAUGCCCUUAGCUGUUACUCCUUCUUUCUAACUAAUGAAGAUCUUUUAAGGUAUUCCACCCUUCCUCAAAGAAACUCAGGAUGGUGAACAUGGGAUGUUUUAUAGCCACAGCAACCCUGCAAAGGGGCCAGAGCUUAGUGGCAGAGCACAAGCUUUGCAUGUAGAAGGCCAGAGAUUCUAUCUACAGCUUUUGAAAAAAUGUAGAAGGUGUUUAGAAGGGUGGUAGACACACUGAACUAGAUGGAUCAAUUGUCUGAUUCAGUAUAGACCAUACUCAUAUGUUCAUUCAAGGCUGAGAAAGAGUGACUGACCAAAGGUCACCCCUGAAUUUGAUGGCAAACUGCGGUUUGAAAUAGGGAUGUGCACUGAUCACAAAAUCUGGUUCAUACACUGAUUAGGCACUUUGGAAAAUAGUCCACCUUAGUCUGAACACCUUUGCAGGAUGGCCAGGUCAGCAUAGAGAUCAUCAAUUUGCUUCGUUCCCCCAUCCAUUCAGUAUUGGGAAAUCAAACAACAGCUGUAUACAUUUUUUUUCCUUUUUGACAGAAAUGGAUGAAAUUUGCAGGCAUAGUAACUCUUUCAGAGUGGAUAAAGCCUGCCCAACAGGUUUGGGGGGUUAUGUGCUGGGCACCUUUAAAGUUUAAUUUUUUUAUAUAUAUAUGAAAGGAAACAUUUUUAAUUUUGUGGCAGAGUUGGAUGAAAUUUGUAGGCAAGGCUGCCCCUUUUAAGGUCAUGAAUCCUGGCCAAUCUCAGAAUGAUAGCUAUAGUUUUCCCUACAUGGGCAGCCUUUACAGUUUUGGGAUGAGUAAAAAAAGAAAUCACAGUAUCCCCUAGUGUUUUGUGGCAAAAAGUCUGAAAAUUGCAGACAUGAGAGAGGUGCCUCUGGGUAUAAAACCUGCCAAAUUUCAGACAAAUAGAUCCAUGGGCUUUUGUGCUAGGCACUUUUUAAACUUUAUGUUGGGGCAUGGAAAGCUAACAAGGAUUCACUUUCCAGGUAACAUUGUUCCCUUUAUUACAAGCUUGUCCAAUCUGUCACGAUGGAGCUCUGCCCUCUCCCCACACUGAUGAUUUCUGUCCCUUCCCCCAUCACCCAAUCCUAUUAUGUUCCUUAUUCGGUAAGCGUAGAGUCAUUUUGUUUCACUUUUAGCAAAUGCUUGUCCGCAGCAAUUUUUUAAAGCAUCUGGAUAGGCAAGGCCCAAUGAAGCACUUCAGGGGUCCCUGCUUUGACUCAGACCACUUCAUAUAGAUUCUGCUUUCUCUUUGAUAAGCCCUGAAUCCUCUGAGGCAUCCCACUUUGCCUCAGGAUUCGCCCAAAUCCAAUGCACUCCCCUAAUUUAAACUCGUAUCACAGGGAGAACCUGUGUUUAAUCCCUGGCAUCUUCAGGUAAAAGGAUAAGAGAUGAAGAUAUCUGCCUGAAACCCUGGAAAGCUACUGCCAAUCAGAAGAGAUAAGGCCUAGCUUGAUGGCCCAAUAAUGUGACCUAGUAUAAGGCAGCUUCCUAUAUCCUUAUAUAACUCAGAUACUUUGUCCCAUACACCACAUUAAGAACAUAAGAACAUAAGAAGAGCCUGCUGGAUCAGGCCAGUGGCCCAUCUAGUCCAGCAUCCUGUUCUCA